AUGGCUGCCAAUUACUGGGAGUCGACGCAGCGGCGACAUUGGCAGUCCACCCGCGAGCAGCUAGAUGUUCUGCGGAAGAAACUGGAAGAUGAGGAUCAGAAUCUAGUGCAGAUGUACCCUCUUGCCCAGUUGAGACAUCUCAGCAUAUAUUUUAACCAGCAAAUUGGUCGGCUCGCAAAGCGUCUUGGUGUACGACAACAAGCUAUGGCAACAGCACAAUUAUACAUUCGCCGAUUCUAUUCAAAGGUCGAGAUCAGACGGACAAAUCCAUACUUAGUUAUUGCAACAGCAGUAUACCUGGCAUGCAAGAUGGAAGAAUGCCCUCAUCACAUCAGGCUUGUCGUGAGCGAGGGCAGAACAUUAUGGCCAGACUUCUUCAGCAGCGAUACUUCGAAACUGGGCGAAUGCGAAUUCUUCCUUAUAUCCGAAAUGAGCUCCCAGAUGAUAGUACAUCAUCCCUACAGGAGCUUAACCGCACUUCAAGGAACAUUCUCUCUUACUCAAGAGGAGUCUGUUCUUGCUUGGUCUAUCAUAAAUGACCAAUGCAUGACCGACCUGCCUCUCCUAUACGCGCCUCACAUUAUUGCAAUUAUGGCGAUUCUACUUGCUUUGGUGCCUCGGCCAAACCAGACUGGGGCUCAGUCUGCAAACAACUCGGCCGGUAAUAUCGCAAGUGCGGCACAUGCUGCGUUGAGCUCAUUCAGCCAGCCCAAAGCCGGAGCUCCAGAAAAGCAAGGCGGUGGAGCGCGUACAAAACUACAAAGGUUGGCAAACUGGCUUGCGGAAAGCAACAUCGAUAUUGAGGCUAUUGUUGAUUGCACUCAAGAACUCAUUUCAUUCUACGAAGUGUAUGAGCAGUACAACGAGAAGCUCACAAGGGAGCAGAUCAAUCGCUUUGUUAAAGCUCGAGGAUUGGAUAAAUGA